GAAAAAUAUUGAUUAAAAAUUUUGUUCAAAGGGUUACGAAUUAUAUUUUCAUAAUUACAUUAAAAUUUUCAUUCAAUUAUCGUGAAGUAAAAUUUUUGAAAUGUAAUAACGUAAAAAUCAAUCUCGUUAAUGAACAAAGGGCGUGUUGUUCUUUUUGUUUCGACUAUGAAAGGCCUUACAGAAGAUAUUCCGACUGCAAUUCGUAAAUUGGAUUAAUUGGAACAUUUGCCUUCUGACCUUAGCAGACGUCACAAAUCAGAAGUUUUUUAGUGCGUAAGGAUAUGCAAGAGUGAAACACUAUGAGUUCAGUUUGGAAAAGACUUCAAAGAGUUAACAAAAGAGCUGCGAGGUUUCAGUUCACCGUUUCUUAUCAUCUCGUCAGUGUCGAGACUACUCCGAAAUGGACACCUAAUAAAAUAAGCGUUGUGUGGUGUCGUAAAAGUCGUCGAGUUGCUACGGAACCUUUACCAUGGGAGCCUACAAUGAAGGAUCCUUUGAGAGGACUAGUCAUUUGGACCGUUCCAGAAAACAAAGAUGUAUCUGUAACACUAUUUAAAGACCCUAGAACGCACGAAUUAGAAGACAAAGAAUGGACCUUUAUCAUCGAAGACGUGAGCACCAUGGGAAAAAGAAGGCAAUUGGCCAGCGUAAACGUAAAUAUGAAAAAAUACGCUGGCUUCGAUUCAACCCAACACGAACUUCAGCUUUUAUUUAAACCCAUGACCAAAAAAAUCGUCUCGGCAACUUUAGAAUGUACAUUGUCAUCUGUAUUUAUCCGCGAAGGCAAAGCAACAGAUGAAGACAUGCAGAGUAUGGCAAGUUUGGUUAGUACAACGAAUAAUAAUGAUAUUGCAACAUUGGAAGAUUUUGACGAAGAAGAGGAGAAAGAUAUGGAUGACAGCAAAGACAGUUUAGCCGAAGUGGCUGGUAUAACGAGUCAAUUAGAAAUGCUUACCAACAGCUUGAGUGGGUCUGACUUCACUAGUACACCGAUCAGUGGCACAAGUAUACUAUCAUUUCCAAAAGAUGACAUUACACCUACCACCCAUAGUGAGAAAAUGUCAAUUACCUCGAAUACCAUACCGGAGGAUGGCAACGAAAACACUGACAAUAUUUCGAAAGACGACUCUCUCUUUAAAAGCAAUACAAGACGUAACAGUGCACACGAUGAACUUAAUCAUAACUCUUCCUCUACUUGUGAUAUAUUGACCAAUAAUGAUAACAAAUAUGCUCGUCAGAAUCUCAAACCGCUGCUUUUGAAUCAAGAAACGAAAAAAGCCGGUCAUAAGACAACAGACAGCACACCUGGACAAGAUUUGUUACAAUGGUGUAAAGAUAUAACCCAUCAGUAUCCUGGUGUCAAAGUGACAAAUUUGACCACCUCAUGGAGAAAUGGUUUAGCAUUUUGCGCCAUUAUACACCAUUUUCGUCCGGAUUUAAUCGAUUUCGACUCGCUUACACCUCACGAUAUUCGGGGAAAUUGUAAGAAAGCUUUUGAUGCUGGUGAAUUACUCGGAAUUAAUCGCGUAAUCGAACCUGCCGAUAUGGAUUUACUCACAGUACCUGAUAAAUUAGCCGUCAUGACGUAUUUGUAUCAGUUAAGAGCUCAUUUUACAGGACACGAAUUAGAGGUGCAACAAAUUGGCAAAACCACGGACGAAUCAUCCUACAAGAUUGGUAGAUUCGAUACGGAUACGGAUACAAAUAUAUCGGAAUUAUUCGGCCAAGAGAUACGAAAUAUGCAUAAAAAGGAAGCGGCGACUGAGCGUCGGAAUUCUAAAAGUAUCAACAAAAGAUUUGGCGAUUCCAACGAAGAGUUCCGUGAGAACAGUCGAUCUACUGGAAAAACAGCUUUAGGUUUAAAAUUACGAUCAUUUGACAAUCAAGAUGGCGAUAGAUCGCCUUCAACUGUUAAAGAACUUAUUAGAUCGAGUUCUAAAAGUAUCCUAGAGAAAGUACUUUCUCCCACCAAAGAUAAAUACCACUCGAGAGAAAAAAGUAAAUCUCCUCCUCCGGCGAAUUCUCCAGCUAAAGUAUUCUUCAACUCCAGACAACCAUCAUCGGAGACCUUCAGUUCGGAUGAUGACGAGGGUUCGGAAAAAUGCAAAAAUUCAGGAAGUGCCCCUAUUAGCAGAUCACAUUCGACAGAGAACAAUAUUUUCAAACGUUCACCCAUGAGAGAAGUUUCAAGUCCUAAUAGCGCUAAUGAUGACCUAGAUCGCAACUCGCAUCAUAAACAGCAGCAUUUAACUGAAAGACGUCAAGAGGAGUUGAGACUACGAGCCAAACAACUUUUGGAAAAUGCUAGGCGUAAUAAUACCAAAAGAUCUUUGCCUCAGUCUCCCGUACAAACUCAGGAUGAACAAGGUAGGCAACAAGAGUUGAGAGAACGGGCAAGAAAACUUAUGGCUGAUGCUAGAAAAGGUGCUGUAGAAGGCAGCCCAUCUCCUGGUUCUGAUGGAAGCGAUAAAACUCCAACAGAUCCUCUUGGUGUACUUAAAAAACAAGCCAAUGGUAUCAGUACUCCUUCUCCGGGCAAGGAACUAGAUCGAAUAGACACCGAAAAUAAUAUCCAACGGAGCACGCCCGCUACUCCUCUUCAUUCAUUCACAUCGCUCAUGGAACGUAUCUCUCCUGAAAAACAAGUGCCCGCCAAAGUAACAAAUUCCCUGAAACCGAAGACGAACGUUAAUUAUUUACAAAACGAAUUACAAGCGUUGGAAAGAGAACAAAAACAGAUCGAUAAACAAGCCGAUGUUUUAGAGAAAUAUUUAAGGAAAAUUAUGGAAUCUGGUAAUGAUAGAGAGAGGGAGGAAUUACUAAUGGCGCAAUGGUUUACUCUAGUCAAUAAAAAAAAUGCUUUGCUUCGUAGACAAAUGCAGCUGAACAUUCUAGAGAAAGAAGACGAUUUAGAAAGAAGAUUUGAAUUGCUGACGCGUGAAUUACGUAGCAUAAUUUACAUCGAUGAUUGGCAAAAAACCGAAGAACAAAAAUUACGUGAAGAUUUACUCUUGAACGAAUUAUUAAAUAUAGUGAACAAAAGAGAUGAACUUGUCCAUCAUUUGGAUUCUCAAGAAAAAGCUAUCGAAGAUGACAACGAAAUAGAAAAUGACGUAUCGCGUGGUCAUUUAAUGAAUCGCAAUAAAAAUUGCAGUAUUCAGUAGUUCCAUUUAACCAAAUUACUUAAUAUUUAAAAUAUAAUCUGGUAAUUUUCCAUAGACACGAGUCGCUUAAAAGCGAUCACGCAUUUUCAACGUGGCUAAAGACUGCUAUACGAGGUUUCUUAAUUAUAUAAGAAUUUGUGGAUGGAAUCAAUGUACCUAACAUAGUUCGUAUCGUAUUAACCGAAUUAGAGAAUACGUGCAACAAUUCCAAGCAAUUUGCUAUUGCUAUAAAUCUGUCAUAUUCUUAAGCUCAGAUGUAAAAUACGUACAUUUAUUGAUCUUUUUGUAACGAUUUCAAUGCGUAAAUGCGUUCCCGUUGACUUAAUAUUUAUCACUUAUCUGUAUAAUGAUGUAAAAAGUAUUAUGCUUGUCGCUUUUUUAAUUUAGGUAAUUUUAUAUUUUUGCGUAUUCUUGUUUUUUUUUUCUUUUUUGUUUUUCAAAGUAUUUGAUAAUUUUUUUUUAUUUAUACGAAUUGUCCAUCAAAAUACUUAGUUACGUAGUAAGUUUAUAAUUGUUACCUUUAUGUACCUAUUAAAUUUCUAAAUACUA